AUGUUAGAAAAAAGGACAUAUUUUCAGCUUCACGAGUACAUGACGCUGAACGAAGUGAUGUCCAUUUUUAACAAGCCACAUCAUCUUGUACCUGAAUAUGAAGUGGUGCCUGUAUUGCAUCGCAUAUCGAAGAACGAGGAAAUGAAAGAAAAUAUAAAUGAACUCAAGAUAAAGGUUUUCAACGAUGACAUCAACUUAUACUUGAAUCCCACGGAAGGAAUCCUUGCUAGUAAGAAUACACCCGUAUGGACCGUUUCAUCUAAUCCAGAAGCACCCGAAGGAUUGCAAUACAAACAAGUACCCAAGGCUAUGGAUUCUGUAGGAGUCAUUCUUCAAGACGUACGCACUUCGAGUUCAGUUUUGCUAACUCCUACUCCUGACGGUCAAGUUCAUUUGAACGGAGUGCUUAACAAUACAUACGUCAUCAAAUCUCUGCCGCGACGAAUAUUAGAUCAUGUUCUUUACGGAGAACGCAAACUCUUUGACCUGCUUCAUGAGAAGAAUGUGACGAACAACGAUAACCUGGCUUACACGCAUCAUCACGUAGUGUACAAAAUGCCUUCAUCAGAUCAGAAAGAUUUUAAAAUUACAGAUCCUGAGGACCAAGAAGUGAAACGCAAUGUUCCGGACAUCAUUUAUCCAGAAUUUUUAGUAGUAGCAGAUUACAGUAUAUAUCAAUUACUUGGCGGAAAUAUCGAGCAAGCCAUAAGAUACCUCGUUUCGUUUUGGAACGGAGUCGAUUUGAGAUAUCGUUUGCUAACUACGCCGAAAAUUCGGCUUAAUAUCGCAGGAAUAAUCAUAAGCGUUGACAAGGAUGCAACUCCAUAUUUAGAAAACAAUCGUUUCGAAGUUUCAUCCCUAGAUGCGGAUCGUGCUCUACGCAACAUGGGAGAUUACUUCUAUCGCGAGAGUAGAUUCCCAACAGAUUUUUACGACAUAGCGAUCGCUAUGACAAAUCUAGAUUUGUGCAAUAUGAUUACUGAUGACUAUUGCGAGCCAUCGACUUUGGGUUACGCAUACGUAGCCGGUGCAUGCAACAGAAACAAAACAAAACAAUCAUCCGAAGCCGUAGGAAUGAUUGAAGAUAAUGGUGGAUUUUCCGGUAUCAUCGUAACUGCUCAUGAAGUCGGUCAUCUGAUAGGGGCACGUCACGAUGGCAAUCCGAAGGGCGCCAGAGAUUGUCCAGCUAAUGAUGGUUUCAUCAUGACCAGCGGACUGAUGUUGGAUGAGAAUGGCUUCGAAUGGUCGCCGUGCACCAUAAAUGCCUUCUAUAAUUUCAUCAACCAGGAUAGAGCAAAGUGUCUUUACAACGAGCCCAUAAUGGGUGAACCUGUGACGCGUAUUUUGCCCGGGACUUUGAUGUCCUUGGAUGAUCAGUGUAAUAAGGUCUUCGGAACAGCGGCGUGUAAUAAAGACACCACAGCUUGUAUUCGUUUGGACUGUGAAUAUCCUGGAAUUGAGGGCUACUGCAGAGCGACUGCACCAGCAGCGGAAGGUUCUUCUUGUGGUGACGGCUUGAUCUGUCUGAAUGGUAAAUGUGUACUUGAAGGAAUAUUAACCAAGGAAAAGGAUAAUGAAAAGAGAAAAUUACUCGAAAAAUUCCUACCGAAAUUCAAUUUUCAAGCGAUUAGAAAAAUUCCAUGGAUAAAUUUAUUGAAAUCAUUGAAGAACAAAUUAAAGAAGAAACUCUUCACAUGA